AUGCAUCUUGCCAUAUGGAAUAUUAGAGGAUUCAAUAAGUCCUCUAAGCAUGUGACUGUUAAACAAUUCAUUCAUGAAUAUAAGCUUUCUUUGUUAGCACUCUUGGAAACAAAAGUGGAUGAAGUUAAAUUGCAGAAGAUUGCCAAUAAAAUUGUAAGAAAUUGGAAAUGGACUUCAAAUGUUGGGACUACAAAUAAUGCUAGAAUAUGGAUUUUAUGGGAUGAAGAUAUCCUUUCAGUUCAGUGUAUUGAAAAACCUGAACAAUAUAUGACUUGUGAUAUGAAAUCUAAAGAAGGGAAAUUAUCUUGUCUUGUCACAAUAGUCUAUGCCCUUAAUCAAAUGGAGGGGAGGAAAAAUCUUUGGGAAAAACUUUUGAUAUUUAAAAGGAGAGUUAAUUGUCCCUGGCUGUUACUGUAUAUCAAAACAAUUGGAUGUUAUUUCUCAUGGUGUAACAAACAAGAAGCGUAUGCAAGAGUAUGUAGCAAAAUUGAUAAGGUGCUGGUUAAUGAGGACUGGAUUCACCAAUAUACAACUAGCCAGGUUGAAUUUCUAAUGCCUCUGUGCUCUGAUCAUUCCCCAGACUUAGUAACUAUUGGUGAGGAUAAUUUUGAUGGCAAAAAGCCCUUCAAAUUCUUUAGUAUGUGGGCUAAACAUCCUGACUAUCUGCAAUUGGCAUUUAUGCACAUCAGUGAACAGGUUUCAAGUGCCAAAUCUGAACUAUUGGAUGUUCAAAUGCAGCUGAAUUCUGAUCUUUUCAAUCCAGCACUGAUAUCAAAAGAAAAAGAGUGUGUCAGGAAAUAUACCAAACUAUUAGAAUGUGAAAAUUCCUUUUAUAGGCAAAAAUUCGAUAUCAGUUGGGGGCUUCAUGGAGAUAAGUGGACUCAAUUUUUUCACUCUGCCAUGAAAACCAAGAGACAUCAAAACAUUAUUUUAUCUAUCUAUUCAAAGAAUGAUGCUAGAAUCACUGAGAUGCCUCAAAAAAUUUCAGAAUUCAUUGGCUACUACAAGAAGCCGCUUGGGAUUGGGAAAUUCACUGCUACACCUAAUCCAAAUAUGAUCUCAAAUGGUCCUGUUCUAACCUCUAGCCAGUGCUCUGAACUGAGUGCUCUUGUCACAAGAGAGGAAAUCAGGUUAGCCCUAUUCUCAAUGUCAGAUAUUAGAGCUCCUGGUCCUGAUGGCUUUAAUGCCUCUUUCUUCAAGUCUACAUGGGAUAUUAUCAAAGAGGACUUGUUCCUUGCUGUUGAAGAGUUUUUCUCAUCUGGCGAACUUCUUGGUUCCUUAAACUCUACUUCAAUUACACUGUGUGCUUUUAUUAAGGGGAGGUUUAUCCUUAGUAAUUUCUUAUUAGCUCAUGAGCUCAUUAAAAGCUAUGGUAGAAAGCACAUUUCCCCUAGAGCCAUGCUAAAUGUUGACUUGAGAAAAGUCUUUGACACCAUAAGCUGGAAUUUCUUAAAAGAUAUGCUAACUGGUCUGGGCUUUCCGAACAUUGUGAUUUGCUGGAUUAUGGAGUCCAUAACAUCCUCUAAGUUCUCACUAUCUCUUAAUGGUUCACUACAUGGUUAUUUUCAUGGAGCUAGGAGAUUAAGGCAAGGAGACCCCUUAUCCCCUUACCUAUUUGUCUUUGGUAUGGAAUAUCUUUCAAGGAAAUUGAGCUCUCUGCAGGAUGACAGGAACUACAAGUAUCAUCCUAAAUGUUUCAGGCUAAAAAUCACACAUUUGACCUUUGCGGAUGAUUUACUUCUUUUUAGUAAAGCUGACAUGAAUUCUAUCACUAGAUUGUACUCAUGUUUUCAGGAGUUCUGUCAGGUCUCUGGGUUGGAAGCUAAUGCUAGCAAAUGCUCAGUGUAUUUGAGUGGAAUUGAUGAAAGCUUGAAAAACUAG